GGGGGGAGCUGACUCGUACAGACUGAAGAAUGCGACUCGUCCACAUGUUGUUGUCAGAAAGUGGAGCAGAGCGCACCAGAGCGAGAGCGCACGGGCAACUUGUAGAGAAUAUCAUCAUCAUCAUCAUCAUUGCUUAUUUCUUCUUCUUUUCCAAAUUCGACUGAGAGGGAAUGUAUAGUUUUGAUUGAUUAAUCUCAUCCUUGGAGCAUUUUUUUGUUUUGUUUUGUUUUUUAAUUUUUUUUUUUGCAUGACGAAUGCUCUUCCCUAUGACUGAUUUCACUUGAGGCUGCCGGGCAGAGGGGAAUUUGAAAACAAAACAAAACAAAACAAAACAAAAAGGCGCAAUGGAGACGUUCACCAUCCACGACAUGCUCCUCGUCAACUCCACCGACCUGAACAAGAUUCUAUGCAGUUUCGGGAUCAAGAACAUUUCGGAGUGCGAGGGCGAGCAGGACCCCACGCCAGAACCCAAAGAGCGGUUGUGACUGAGUUUAAGAGUGACGACUCCUCACUCUGUGUCUCAGAUAUCAACCAGACGGUGCGGAUCGUCCUCUACAGCCUCAUCUUCCUCCUCAGCGUCCUGGGCAACAGCCUCAUCAUCGCCGUCCUGGUGCGGAACAGGCGCAUGAGGACCGUCACCAACCUCUUCCUGCUGUCCCUGUCCGUCAGCGACCUGAUGGUGUCCCUGGUCUGCAUCCCCUUCACCCUCAUCCCCAACCUCAUGAGGGACUUCAUCUUCGGCACCGUCAUAUGCAAGCUGGUCAUGUACUUCAUGGGUGUCUCAGUAAGUGUGUCCACCUUCAACCUGGUGGCCAUCUCCCUGGAGCGCUACAGCGCCAUUUGCAACCCGCUGACCUCCAGGACGUGGCAGACUAAAUCUCACGCCGCCAAGGUCAUCACUGCCACCUGGGUGGCCUCCUUCAUCCUGAUGCUGCCCUACCCCAUUUCUAGCACCCUAAAGCCCUUCACCCGCCGCAACAACAGCACCGGGCACAUGUGCCGCCUGAUGUGGCCCAAUGACGUCAUCCAGCAGUCCUGGUACGUGUCCCUGUUGCUGCUGCUCUUCCUCAUCCCCGGGAUCAUCAUGAUGACAGCCUAUGGACUCAUUUCCCUGGAGCUGUACCGCGGCAUCAAGUUUGAGCUCUCCAGCAGGAAAUCAAGCAGAGACAGACAGUCCAGCACAGGCAGCAUCAAGCCCGGCGACAGCGACGGCUGUUACAUGCAGCCGUCUAAAAGGAAGAGCAUCACGGGAAACUCGACCAACUCUAGUGUCAAGGCCACGGUGGCCCGCGUGUGCAGCAGCAGCUCGACGGCCAACCUGAUGGCCAAGAAGCGCGUGAUCCGCAUGCUCCUGGUCAUCGUCUUCCUCUUCUUCCUCUGCUGGACCCCCGUCUUUGUGGUCAAUGCCUGGCAGGCCUUCGACCGGCGCUCGGCCUACCGCCUGACCGGCGCGCCCAUCUCCUUCAUUCACCUGCUGUCCUACACCUCGGCCUGCGUCAACCCCAUCAUUUACUGCUUCAUGAACAAGCGCUUCCGCCAGGGGAUGCUCGCUACGUUCACCUGCUGCAGCUGCCUGAGGAGGAGCAGCGGCCUGGGGAGAUCAACCGGGACGGCCAAAGGGGACGCGGGCAGAUCUAGAGCGGGGGCGAAGACGGCCGAGCAGAACGGCCAUACGCCGCCAAGCGGGGGCAGCACGCGCUUCACCUACACCGGCAUCCGUACAUCAGCGUGGAGCGAGCUGACCUAAACUGGACCGAGACCCCUGUGAUGAGCAAGCAACUUCUUUCUGUCCGAACACUCAUCAAUUCUGGAGCGUCCUUCCGUAAAUCAGGUUUGAAAAACCUACAUAGACCUUGAGGGAAGAUGGUUUUGUCAACUGAGGCCAAGAUUGAACUUUUCAAGUGUUUAUGCACUACAAAUCAUGUGUAAUUCACAGGAUAUUUACCCCUGACCAUAUUUCAACGCAUGCACGUUUUAGUCUUUCACAAUUGUUCCUGCGUUCCAGGCAGCCACUGGAUCUCAACACAGCUUUGAAGAAAGUGACAUUUGGGUGGACUGCCUAUUUGCCUUCUUGUCCUGAGUUAAAUGAAAAGAUCGUUACCAUGUGGAGCUAGAGUUGGGAGGCAGUGAGCUUAGCGAUUAGCAAGACACAGCAAGCACAUCCAAUGUUGCCAGUACGACUACAAACAGCUUUAAAACCACAGUGUAACACUUGAUUGUUUAAUACCUAAUCAGACAGAUUUGCUUAAACUUCACGUACUCAUACUUUGCAUGCUAAGCUAAGCUAAGCUAAUCUCCUCCUGGCAUUGCUGUAGCUCCAUACCUACUGCAGAGAGAGAAAGUAAAUAAGCGUAUUUACCAAAAUGUCAGCCCAUUCCUUUUUAUUAGACAAUUCAAACGUUUCACUUUUUGCAUGGAAACAGUUGCAAACCAGUGGCCCCAGCCUCAAAGCCUGGAAAGUACAUAAAAGAAAUCAAAUAAACAAAACAGUCAGCGGUAGUGUAAACCCUUUAAUUUCUUUUUAGAUGCUGCAGGGUCGACAACAUGCCUGUCACGCUGCAGAGCUGCAGCGCUGCAGCGUAAGCAGCUUCAAAACAAUCCUCCAGUGCACAAACAGCCCUGCUAUCGUCCUUGACCCACUGUGCAUGUGUGUGUGUGUGUGUUUGUGUGCCGAAGGGGGCUUGUACUGUGUGUACUGUGGGAACUGGAGGGAGGCCUUAUCACAUGUGGGACGUUGAACACCUGUAUCCCCUCGUCUUCAAAGAGAGAAUUCCCGGCACCGCUGAUUCUUACUGUUAAAUAUAGCAGCGUCGAUGUAGCAACUUAUUACCUUUUCGUUUUCUCUGGUGUCGACAUGUUGCAAUGUUCAUUGUGUGACCUCGAUGUUGUUGUGUAAAUCCUUACAUUUAUGAAGAUAUUUGAACCCUCAUUGCAUGACAAUGUGCCUACUUUGUCGGAAGUCCUGCUAAACCUGUGGGCACAUAAUUGAAUGUAAUCCUGGCGAUUUUACAGGUUUGUUUUUCUCUUUAUGUAGCAUACAGUCAAAAAGUCCAUCAGUCAAAAUACUUUUAUUUUGCGUUUGUUUCGAGUAUAAAACAAUUUUUUGGGCAUGGGGUUGAUGUCAUGUGACCGUGGAAGAAGGUCCAUGACAGUUAUGACUCCUUAGUCUUUGUUUUUUUUGUAAGUCUUGCAAAGCUGUUUGGUGUUUGAGGUCAUACUUGUGGAGUCCAUGCCAGCAGGAGUGUCAUUAAAGCAAAACGGGGACAUAACAAAGACAAAGAUUUCCAUCAGUUUCAGAAUACCCGAUUAUUUGGUAUGCCCCCUUUUUUCGUUGAAUAAGAGGACGCACUCAAGCUGGCAUGGACUCCAUAAGUUGAUCACUCAUGUAAUCCCAGCAUGAUUACACAAUGUUUCGUCAAUGGCAUUUUGAUUACAGUUAGGACUCCUCAGUCUUAUUUGGUCUUCAAGUAGUUCUUGCAUUCUUGCCUUGAGAUGUGAUUGGGGUCAAACUUGUAGAGUCCAUACUAGCUGGAGCAUCGUUAAAGAGAAAUGGGAACAAAGACUAAAAUCUCCAUCAUUUUUGAAUAUACCAAGUGUUUGGUAUGGCCCCCUUUUGCUUUAAUAAGACCAUGCACUCUAGCUGGCAUGGACUCUACAAGUUUGACCCCAAACACACAUCAAAGCUUUGUGAAAUCUACUUGAACACCAAAAAAAGAGACCAAGGAGUUCCUGCAAAGCUUGGAGGUUUGACAACAGACUUGUGGAGUCCAUGCCAGCUCCAGUACCUACUAUUAUUAAAGCAAGAAAGCUUUAGGGAUAACAUGAGUCAUCAGAUUUGAACAAAGAAAUUGUGAAAUCCAUGCCACCUUGAGCAUUUUGUUGAUAUUCUGAAAUUCAUUUCAAAGAUUCAACUCUUAUGUUAUUGAAAUAAAUGCAAAAUAGAAGUAUUUUAAGUCUUGUUCUCAGACUUUUUGACCACACUGUGCAUCUGAAAGCAGUUCUGGGAUUACUGAUGUCUCCUUUUGUGCAGACACACACGACCCAUCUCUAAAUAUCCAAUGUCUGGUUGACCAUAUAAAGACCUUGAGUGCACAGUGUGCAACUGUAUCUGCAAGAGACUCAGGGCAGAGUAACCCGGAGCUUUUAACGGCUUUAAUAAAAGUGGAUCUAAAGGACAGAGGGCAUUAAGGUCCAGACAAGUGGCAGAAAGAAACAGGAGGAAAUCUGCUGGGACUUCUUCCCGGGAAUAAGAGCUCCAUUUGGGUAAAGAAGAAUCGUCGUCACCCUGCAGCCACUGGAGGACCACUUACUGGAGGACAUGUUUAUUUGGUAACACUUUAUAAUAACAGUCAUUAAUAAAUGGCAGACUUGCAGCUAAUUAAACUUUAGUUAAGUUACCUCAUUGUUAGACAAUGAAAUGCUUUGUAAACCAUCAACUAAGCAGCUGAUAAACUGUUACAACUUUAUAGUGAUCAUCCAAGUGUUAAGAGAUGAUCUACCCAGUAUUUAAUAAUUUAAUAACCAUUUACAAAGUACUGUAAACAUUUGCGACUUUAAAAAACAAUUGCUUAGUAAAUGGUGUAUAAAGAAUUUCAUUGUUGACAGUCAAGUAAUGAUCAACUAAGGUUUAAUUGACAAUGGAUUUACUAUUCAUCAAAAAUAGUUACACUGCCCCUUUAAUGAUGGCCAUCAUAAAGUGUUGAUGUUUAUUCUUCACAAAAGGACACAGGAAGUCAUUUGUACUCUUGCUUAAAACCUGUAAAGUAACGAAAAUCCAAAACGUACAUGCCAACGCUUCUGAUGACGAUAAACAAAAUGAAGACAAAGUGAGAUUUUAUAUCACUUUUUUAUUUCUCAUUUUUAUGCCAAUAUUGCAAGUUUUUUCUCGUUUUUUUUUUUCUUCUUUUAAUGACAUACAGAUUUUUUUGAGCAUGAACCUGGAGCUGCAAUAUGUACAAAAUCAAAACUAACGUAUGUUAUCAAAAAACCGUCCCCUUUGUUUUGACGUUAUUGCUAAAUGUUACAAACGGCACAGGUUUCUACCAUCAGCAACCCUUUGAGCACUGAGUAUACUACCACAAUGACACCUCUGCUUACCAUUUACUAGAAUAAUACACAGAUACAGUGAGAGUGAAAGAUAGUGAAAGGGCAUGGAGGAGGAGAUGAGGAAGAGGAAGAGGAGGGAAAUGACAACAAAAAAAGUGAUCUGACUGUAGCAAAGCUAAGCAUAACAGGCUGCAUGUUAAAAAAAAAAGAAAGAAAGGGGGUGAAAC